AUGACGGUAAAUGCCGCAGACGUUGAAACAGGAUCUCAUCCCCAGACUUCCCAUGGAAGUGAAAUAACCUCAGAAAUACCAGCGCAAGAGUCUUUGCAGAGAACUCCUGAAAAAUCCAAUAUUGUUGACUGGGAUGGACCAGAUGACCCCCAAAAUCCCAUAAACUGGUCUUCCGUUCGAAGAUGGAUGACGAUUACAAUAGUUUCUGUCGUUACCUUUCUCAACGCUUUUGGAUCAACGGUCUUCGCACCCAGCGUCCCCGAGGUGAUGCAUGAAUUCAACAUAGACAGCGGUGCUCUCUCCAGCUUCACUGUCUCUGUUUUUGCCAUUGGUUGGGCUGUUGGUCCGCUGGUCUUGCCCCCAUUAAGCGAGUUGUAUGGGAGGAAUCCACUAUACCACGCUUCCAACUUAUUUCUUACCCUCUCCUCAAUGGCUUGCGCUCUCAGUAGCAAUUUGACCAUGCUAAUUGUAUUUCGGUUUUUUAUGGGACUAGCUGGAUGUCCAUCGCUUUCUCUGAGCGGUGGAACAAUAGCUGAUCUGAUCCCAUUGGAAAGGCGGGGAGUCGCUUUGAGUGUGUGGGGUAUGGGGCCCUUGAUGGGCCCGGUAGUUGGGCCAAUUGUAGGCGGCUUUAUGACUGAUAGCACUGGAUGGCGUUGGGUAUUUUGGAUGAUGACAAUUGCAAGUGGAACACUCACCAUUAUAUCACUAUUGCUACUGCGCGAAACCUAUGCUCCGGUCAUCUUGGGCCGCAAAGCCUCCCAGCUAAGACAAGAAACUGGAAACAUGGAGCUUACCACGAAAUAUGAUAAAGGCGAAACCCCUGGGUAUCUCUUUAAGAUGGCAAUCCUCCGCCCUACCAAGCUACUUCUCUUCUCGCCGAUUGUCUUUCUCAUGGCACUCAAAAUUACCAUCUCAUAUGGUUAUAGCUACUUUCUUUUCACGACUUUUACCUUCGUCUUUGGAAAUCAAUACGGCUUUAAGCCGUCUUCGAUCGGUCUGGUAUAUAUAGGCAUCGGCAUAGGAUACGUGGUAACACAAAUCAUUGCAGCAUUAUUUUCUGACCGAUACAUCGCUCGAAUGAAAAGGGCCAAUGCCAAUGGUCAUCCAAAGCCAGAAUGGCGUCUUCCGCCGCUCGCGUUGGGUGCCAUAAUCUUGCCACUGGGCUACUUAUUUUAUGGCUGGACCGCGAUGUACCGUUUGCAUUGGGUUGUUCCAAUCUUUGGCACGGCGCUCAUCGGGGCCGGAACGUUAUGCUACUUUUUUUCGAUUAUGGCAUAUCUGAUCGAUACAUACACAAUCUACUCCGCAAGUGCCAUCUCCGCCAACAUCGUUCUUCGAUCCAUCGUCGCCGCGACGCUACCCCUAGCGGGGACCAGGUUGUAUGAAACCUUGGGCAUAGGGUGGGGAACGAGUUUGCUAGCGUUCAUUGCGUUAGCCCUGGCCCCGAUCCCUUUUUUUCUGCUUAAAUAUGGGGAGAGAAUCAGAACCCAUCCUCGAUUCCAGGUGAAGCUUUGA